AAGAGGGGGAUUUUCAAAUUGAAGGCUACAAAAGUGAAGGUUUGCCAAAUUGCCAGUGUAGAUAAACAUAUUUUUGAGAGGGGGUAGAGUGCAGUCUGACAGCUUUACAGUAAUUGUGCAGGAAUUUGUGAAUUGAAAGGCUGAUACACCACACAAACCAAGUGACAAUACGCGUUAACUUGAAGUGGUCACGUUGAAGGGUAACGUUGACAAAUUGAUAUUCAUUUGCUACUAUAUGGUUUGCAAGCUUUCACUUUAGCUACGUCUCCUAUCGUUCAUUUAUCCGGAUUCAAAAUCUUAGUGUAAGAUGGUCUGGUUAUGAGCAGUAAUUCAUGGGGAUUUUAGCAUUGCCGAAUAGUAAGCGCAUGGAAGCGCGUAUAACGUUAACGAUACAUAGAGAACGUGGCAAAACGAGGCAAUAACAGUGCGUUACAGAUUAGCCUACCUUUUGUUUUUGUUUUGUGUUUUUUUUAUACCGAGAAACUAUCUUCACCGGCUUACUAGCUCUCUACCUAUCGAUGCCAAGCAAUGUUAGCUCUCAAACUAGCAAGAUAGCUAACAUUACCUGAUAAUAUUGCAUUUCUUGAAGUCGUGCCUUCUGCAAAGUCUAACCCCCUCUAAUAACUCUCAAGAAAAAUACAGGUUUCAGAUGUAACCAAGUAACCCUUACCACACGCUCAGACCUUGUAGACACAUGUGUUUGAAAAGAGCAGAAUAACACAUUACAAGACAAAAAGACACAAUGAAUGUAACCGAGGUGGAGGACCACAUCUCCCUGAGAUAUGAAGUGAAGAGAAGACUCGGAAAGGGGGCCUAUGGGAUUGUGUGGAAAGCCAUUGACCGCAAGACAGGCGAGACCGUAGCAGUCAAGAAAAUCUUUGAUGCCUUUAGGAAUCGCACUGAUGCACAGAGAACUUUCAGAGAAAUCAUGUUUCUACAGGAGUUUGGAGAUCACCCCAACAUAGUCAAACUACUGGACGUCAUCCGUGCCCGAAAUGACAAAGACAUCUACCUGGUGUUUGAGUAUAUGGACACAGACCUGCAUGCUGUGAUCAAGAAGGGCAACCUGCUGAAAGACGUCCACAGGCGGUACAUCAUGUACCAGCUCCUCAAAGCCACCAAGUACCUGCACUCAGGGAAUGUCAUCCACAGAGACCAGAAGCCUUCAAACAUCCUGCUAGACACAGACUGCUUUGUGAAGCUGUGUGACUUUGGCCUGGCACGCUCCCUCUUCCAGACCCAGGAGGAUGGGGGGAAUCCUGCUUUGACUGAAUACGUGGCGACCCGCUGGUACCGUGCCCCUGAGAUUCUCUUAGGCUCUGCCAGGUACACAAAGGGAGUGGACAUGUGGAGCGUCGGGUGCAUCCUGGGCGAGAUACUGCUGGGAAAGCCGCUGUUCCCCGGCACCUCCACCAUCAACCAGAUCGAGAAGAUCAUGAGUGCCAUCCCCCACCCCACACCCGAAGAUGUUAUCUCCAUCCGCUCAGAAUAUGGAGCCUCUGUGAUCCAAAGGAUGCUGCUCAGGCCCCAAGUUCCUCUUGAGGAGCUGCUGGGAUCUCCAGUGGAUGCUGACGCUCUGGACCUGCUGAAGCGUUUGCUGGUGUUCAACCCUGAGAAGAGGCUCACAGCAGAACAGAGCCUGCAACACCCAUAUGUGUCCAGGUUCCAUAAACCAGCCAAAGAGCCUGGCCUGGACUAUGAUGUCAUCCUGCCUGUGGAUGAUGACGUCCAACUGUCUGUCACGCAGUACCGCAACAAGCUAUACGAGAUGAUCACUGAGAGGAGGUACAGUGGCUGGGUCCAGAAGCGCUGGCACAGGAGGAAGGAGGAGGAGCAGAUGGGACAAACAAAGGGCAUCUCAGGGUCCAGGGGAGACGCGCUGGGGAACGCGCCCAACGCGACCUCCUCGAUCCCGAAGGACACUGGGAAAGGAGAAGGGGGAGGUGAUGGAGGAAAUAAGUCACCGAGUCUUCGGAAAGAGAGUUCUGUGACGCAGCAACCGGCAACCACCAGUCCAGUGCUUCCACACAUACAGCCAGCCAAUGAAAAGAGUGGUGCCGCACACACGGUCUCACAAACAGCCAAUGAGAAGAGUGGUUCGGUCCCCACACAUACACAACCAGCCAAUGACCGAGUUGGUGUACUGUUGAGUCCUGGUGCGCAGAAGACUACCUACAAUCCCAUUACUCACGCUCCUAUGCUCUCCCAGCUGCAGCGCAAUGGCCUAGUCUACAGGAUGCAACCGCAGCAGGUCACCACUGCUGAGCACAUCCCUAUCCUGCCAUCAGAGGGCGCUAAUGGGAACAUGGUUGGAGAUAACGGCCGAGCGCGCGGACGGUCGGCUCCCGUCACCCGCGUCCGUUCCUUCUCGCUGACGCUGUCUCGUCCCCUCAACCCGCUGGUCCGCCGGGAUGAGCCCCCGGUGUCGUCUGGGCUGUGUGUGACCUCUGCGCGUCUGAACCAGCGGUCUCCUUCUCAGACGCGUGAGGCCCGGCCACAGGUUAGGUUCAGCAAGAAAGUGUUCCAGAGCAACGCCAACGUCUCAGCUGCCGGAGACCCCCGGGCCAAACUGGGCAGCUAUUCGCAAGCCUACGGCACCAUCAACAAGACUGAACUGGACAACUUACUGAGGAGCCGCCAUCAGCACUAACAUACAAAUAACGCACUUAAGACAUAAAACGAACCCAAACAAAUGAACACACCAGCCCUGCAGCAGCAGCAUCAUCAGAAGGACUGACCAGGAUAUCAUGCUGAAAAGCUGAAACCAGCAUUCAAAACACACACCCUUCCUCACAACCAUGCACAAACUCAUAUGCACAACACAAUUAUGCAAUCACAGGGUGUUUUAUGUGCAUACAUUUAAUGACUGUCUUACAAAUGAUACACAAAAUAGGUAUGCCCUUGUACAAAUAGACAGUACAUCAGUUUAGACGAUGAAGAACAAGGCAAGCAGGCAGCUGUUGGGGAGACUAUUGUGAAGAGAAAAUAAAUUAUUUUGGAUCUUCAGAAAAUAUUUAUAGGAGGAAUUGGGGUUCAACCAUGGGGACUUGGAUAGAAUCUCUGAACAAAACACAGUAGUGGAUGUUCUUUGGACCUUGUAAAUGAUGGCGGUGUUGCUGAUUCAGAGCUGAAAUAUUCAGCAAUUGUACAGUACAAUGUAAGCAAUAAAGUCUCAUUGGUUUCCCCUGA